AUGGAGAAGGCGAAGGCCUACAUAAAGAGCUCGCUGGGCGCUAGUAAGCCGGCGUCGCCAGCUCGCGAUGCGGCCGAGGCCGAGCCGCGAGUCUGCUUCGUGUGCGGCGGUGCCGGCCUAGGCGACUGCUACACUGUGCGGGUCAAGCCUGGACCACAGAGCUCGGAGCCGUACUUCCCGUUCCUGGGCGCGCACCCGCCGCCCGCCGGGUACCGCGCAGACGACAGCGAGGAGGAGGGCACGGUGCGCUGCUGCUGCGUCUGCUACACCUUCCUGCGCCAACAGUGGGAGCAGUACGACCGCGAGAACAAGCCACACUCGCAGCGCUUCUAUUGGAUGAAGCGGCUCGACGGGAAGCCGUUCAUUGGCGCGGACAUGUCGUUCCAAGGGGAGUACGCUGCGCAGGUUUUGGGCCUGGGCGCGGAGACGGGAGGUCGAGAUGAAUCUGGGACUCCGGGAGCUGUGGGCGCCACAAGCGCGACUGCGGCACGCGCUGCUGAGCCGCCACCUCCCGCGCCCCCCACAACCACUACCAGCGCCGCACUCCCCACCACGCCGCGCCCCAAGGAUCUCGAUACCAACCACAACGCCAAGUUUAAUAACAAAGGAUUACUGAAGGUGUUGAUUAAAAAUCGGCGUUCGCCUACCCUGCAGCAGCGGUACGCGGGGGGCGAGGAGGAGGGCGUGCUGGACCUGCGCGCGCGCGAUCCGUCCGUCAUCUCGGUGGGCUCGCAGCACUCCGGCGUCUCCGAGCCGGUGGGCUUCCUCGACGCUGUCAGGUCGACGGUGUCGGUGUAUUCAGGCAACUCCAACUCCAGCUCGGACCGUGAUAUCUUGGACUUGUCUAUGCCGGACAAGAACUCCAUGACGGAGGUGUGCUACGUCUGCGGCGACGAAUACAAGCGCGGGACGCUCUGCAAUCUUAAUACCAAGGAGCCCAAAGACAAAAUGGAUGCUAGCGUAAAUGCUUCUGAGCGCACUGUUCGAAGAAAAUUGAAAGAAUUAGAUUUCAAGGCUUGUCGCCCCGCCAGGAAGCCCAAGUUAACAGCUGCAAUGAAAGCAAAGCGCCUGAAGUGGGCCAAACAAUGGCAAGACAAAGAUGUGGACUUCUGGAGAUCGGUCUGCUUCAGUGACGAAAGCACAUUCGAAAUUUUACAAAAUAAAGCUCAGUAUGUGCGUCGUCGUCAUGGAGAAAAGUUUCAUCCUGAUUGUGUCGUCCCGACGGUUAAAUAUCCCACCAAAGUGAUGAUUUGGUCAGCCAUCAGCGGCAAGGGCACUGGACGUCUGUACGUCGUCAAAGGAAUAAUGAGGCAAGAUCAGUAUAAAGAAGUACUGGAAAAUCGGUUGAUUCCGCAGCUCAGAGAAUGGUUUCCAAAUGGGGAACCAUUCACUUUCAUGCAAGAUGGAGCUCCCUGCCACACUGCUCGGUCUGUUAAAGCUUUUUUGGCAGAAAAAAAUAUCCCUCUGUUGGAUUGGCCCGGUAAUAGCCCUGAUAUGAACCCCAUUGAAAAGUGUGUGGGAGCUGAUGAAAAGAGAAGUGGCAAAGAUGUGAUUACCAACAAAACCCAGCUCCUAGAAAAGAUUAUUUAUGUGUGGAAUCAUCAUCCUCAAAUGCAGGAGACAGUACAGUCUUGCAUUGAUAGCAUGCCGCGCAGAAUUAAAGCUUUGAUAGCGGCUAAAGGUGGCUCAACUAAAUAUUGA